AUUUGCACCACUUUGACAUUUUGCAUCAAUCCUUUAGGUGGCGGAGAUGACCUAGUAAACAGUAGAAGAAGAUAAGAAGAAGAAACGCCUCCCUGCAUGUUCAUUAUGAACAUCAUGUUCUUGAACACGCAUUACAUGCCUGGUGUGUUCGUAGCUUCAUAGCAGCUGACAGCACAGUGCAGGAGAAUAACUCCAGGCCACCUCUUGGACUAAGGUGCUGAACUGCCUGAAGAGGAACCUUCUUGAACCUCACUAGAGAGUGAACAGAGCAAACGGAUCUCACAGAAACUGCUGCUCUCCUGUUAUUGCACUGCAGAAAGCACUCUGAGAUCCUCUAUGUGUGUGAUGCACAGCGGCUCAGAGGAACAAGCUCCAGAAGGUCAGUGACUCGCCUCAUACGGCUGACCUCUCCUCGUACUGGAGGAACUAAGAGCUCCCGCUGCCUGAACAGCUCUGAACUUUAUGAAGGACAUUUCACAGUCGAGUUGUCUCCAGUUUGAUCUGCUACGGUCAGGUGGACGACAGCGAUCAAACAAGGGGACGACGAGUACACUGCCAUGUAGUUCAUUAUUGUUCCACUAGGGGCAGUAGAAGGGCUCAUUUCAAAAUGGCUGCUUCCAUUAAAUCUCAAAAACACUUGGCGGGAAAAUCACCAAAAUCACCCAUCAUGUCAUAGUUGAUACUGUCUACAUCUCAUAAAAAUAUAGCCAAUUUUUAUUUUUUUUUAUUUUUUUAUUUUUAUUUCAUCAAACAUCUUAAAUCCAAGAAAACUUUCAAUUAUUUGAUGUAAUGGCUAAACAGAGUUAAAAACUGUUCUGAUUCUAGCAUAGACCUGAUUUUAAUAUAUUACAAAAAAUAUAGGUAUCGAUGUCUGACUAUUGUUCUGAAGGGAGUAACAGAGCCCACUGCCCCGAGGAAACUCAUCGUCAGUCUCAUCCAUCCACAGAAUAUUAAUCCAAACAGGUUGAGAUGAAACUUUGUGUCCUUUCUAGGGUUUUAUCUCUUUGAACCAUGAAUUCAUUUUUGUGCAAAACUCUCUGUCUGAAUGUUGACUCAUGAAUGCUGACCUUAACUGAGUCAGGCCUGCAGGUCUUUUCACAUUGUUCUACUUCGUUAAUGAAUCAAUCCUUGUUUUGUUCUUGAAAUCGCUUUGGUCGGUCAGUCACUCCACUGUUCUGGGUUUCCUAACAGUAGAUCUAUGAAGCCCCAAAGGUGUAGUAAUCACUUUGUGAACUCUUUAAGGAUGAAAUAUGGGAUUUUUGUUUAGUUCUAAAGUUUUUCUGCCUGAAGUGUGGUGAGUUUCUGUAAAGUGACUUCCAGAAUCAACAGAAUUGGAGGUGACAGAAAAAAAAAAAAUCCUAGUAAUAUUUUCAUACUAUUUUCCUCAAGACCAAAUAAAUAUAGUUAUUUUCUUAAGAAUACACAAAAUGUGUUAUUUUAUUUAUUUUUACAAACGAAUUUCUAUGGGGUUUUGAUGUUCUACAUUUAUUUGAAACAUUUAAGGUAAAAAAAAAUAAAAUAAAAGCAAAGGAUUAGUUUUUCCGGUUAAAAGGUUUUGGAGGGAAAAAUAGUUCUGCCCUUUUGCGCAUGCUCAGAGGGUCUGCUUUUGUUUUUUCAUCAAUAACACUAGAUGGCGACAAUACCUAUUUAAAAACAGCUCAUUAUGAAGGUUUUAAACUUUAAUUUCAAACUGAUCUGAAUUCUGCAGACCUGCUUGCUCUCAGUUGCAUCUGUUUACAUGAGGAGUGACUCAUAUUUUUCUUGGAUAUUUUUCUUUAAUUUCUCAUAAAAAUGUUUAAAGUCCGUUUUGAUAUUUUUUUAAACAGAUUUGAGUAUUUUAUUUUGUUUUUAUAAGCCCCGAGUUUCUUCCGUUAAAUUCUUCGCAUGUAAAAAGAAAGGUGGAGUUUUGUUCGGUCGAGUUCGUGUCCUUUCGUCUCCCCUCACAAGUCCAGCUCACCUGCUCGCGUGCCCUCGUCGGCGCUGUUUUGGUUGGCUGAUGAUUGGUGACGUAAUGCGAAGAGGAAGAAGAUGGAAAGAGCGGCAUCUGCGAGCCUCAGAGUUCACGCUUCUUGGUCCUCGUCGAGGCGCGCGGACCGGAACCGCUCAUGGGCAACAACGUGACCGGGGUCCCUGGGCUGCAGAGGGGGGAGCACGCGGGCUUCCAGCGGCUCCGAAACUCCCAAAAAGACUCUCUUGGUGGCCCGUUCCCGUCUACAUCACACCGAUGUCACCACAAACCCAAGAGAUGCCUGCCCAUCCAGUGCAGCGGUGUGGGCGGAGCCCUUCCCUGCAGCCCGCUUCUUUUCCACCCAAACGCAAAGGGAUCACAGAUUGUGAUGGACAUCGCCCAGAAGACGGUCAAGAGGCAGGCCAGCUUCUGCAACGCUAUCACCUUCAGCAACAGACCCAUAGCGCUCUACGAGCAAGUUCGCCUCAAGAUCACUAAAAAACAAUGCUGCUGGAGUGGAGCUCUCCGUCUUGGCUUCACCGCCAAAGACCCAUCUCGAAUAAAUCCAGACAACCUGCCCAAAUACGCGUGUCCAGAUCUGGUGUCCCAGAGCGGCUUCUGGGCCAAGGCGCUGCCCGAGGAGUUCGCCAACGAGGGCAACGUCAUCGCCUUUUGGGUCGACAAAAAAGGCAGGGUCUUCUACAGGAUUAAUGAGUCCAGCCCCAUGUUGUUCUUCAGCGGAGUACGCACAGCGGAGCCACUCUGGGCCCUCAUCGAUGUUUACGGUCUGACCCGCGGGGUGCAGCUGCUAGAAAGUGAGAUUGUCCCUCCUGACUGCCUGCGCCCUCGCUCUUUCACCACAGUGCGCUCGUCUUCGCUCCGCCGUGAAGCAGACGACUCCCGCCUAUCAGUCAGCCUAUGCGACCUUAACCUACAACAGGAGGAUGGAGGCCCCUCCCACAACCACUCCCACCGCCACACCCUUCACCUGGCCUCAGCUGCCUCCUCCUCCACCUGCCCCAUCCCCCAGAACUCCCUGAACUCCCAGCAGUCAUCUCUGCUGCCGUCAGCCCUGGAGAGCGACCUGCACUUCCACCAGCUGCGCGGCGCCCACAUCAAGACGCUGGAUGAACAGACGGUGGCGCGAUCUGAGCACUCGCGCGAAGAGCGCACUCUGGUGUUUACCAACAGGCCUCUGCGCACGGGAGAGACCGUUUUCAUCAAAGUCACCAAGUCCAGUCCGGCGCGCUCAGGGUCCUUGUCCUAUGGUGUGACGUCUUGUGACCCAUCAGUUCUACGCCCCAGUGACCUCCCCUAUAACCCCGAGGCUCUGGUGGACAGGAAAGAGUUCUGGGCUGUUUGUCGGGUUCCAACACCUCUGCAGAGUAGCGACAUCUUGGGCUUCUUGGUCAACCAAGAAGGGGAGAUUAUCCUCAGUCACAAUGGCACCAAUGUGGGCAUGCAGGUGUGUGUGGACAACUCCCGCCCUCUGUGGAUGUUCUUUGGUCUGCAUGGGGCUGUGACGCAGCUAAGGAUUCUGGGCUCCACUCACCUCGGGGAUCAGCGGGCCACGUCCAGCCCCAGCUCGCCCUCUUCCUCCCCGCACACGCCCAGCGCUCUGGGGAGCGGCAUCUCUGACCCGGUCCUGAACGGAGGCUUGUGCUCGGCUGCUUUUUGCAGCUCAGCUGGAGGAACAACUCCAAGUUCACCGGUCAGCCUUCCUAAGUCCCCGACGUUCCCGUCAGGCCAGGGCCAAUGGUCAGACGAAUGCUCCAUCUGCUACGAAAACAUGGUGGACACGGUCAUCUACGCCUGUGGACACAUGUGUCUGUGCUACACCUGCGGCCUCAAGCUCAAGAAGAUGUCCAACGCCUGCUGUCCCAUCUGCAGGAGGCAGAUCAAGGACAUCAUCAAGACCUACCGCAGCACAUAAAGGAGCGAAACCAUGGGUUAAAGUUCAGGGAACAUGACCUCUGGAACCUUUUCCGAAGUUGCUCUUUGGAGGGGUCUCUUUCUCAUUAGAGUCUCUUUGUAGUGGAGCUGCAACCAGGUUCCUCUGAGAGCUUUCCAAAAGUGUCUACUCCCUCAUGUGGAAAACUAUCAAAGGGAGAAAAGAUCUGAAAAAGUCUCUCAUUGGUUGGUGUGAUUCAGGGACCGUCGCCCACCUGUGCUGAAGCAAAUGAGUCACUUUAGGGCUGAAUGUCUCAUUUUCCGCUUCUUCAGAUACUGAUUGAAGCUCUGAAAUAUGUCAUCAAAGGGAUUUUUAAAGCACACCUGCAGCAGGUAAUCAUCUCAGAAUGUCACAACUUGUGUCUGUGUUACUGAGAGUCUGAAAAAAAGAUGGAUCUCUGUUAUUAUUGUGAUAAUGGUGUUUUUAGAGACGCAAGACGAGUAUUGUAAGUAGGACUGUAACCCCUCCUGUACUCUUAUAAUCCAUUAUACCGUUAUGGUAGUUUUCUUGAAACUGUCAAUGGUAGCUGUAUUCGUGUGCUGUUUAGCUGCUUGCUCUGCAACGUGGUGUAUUGCACUGAAGCCGUCCUUUCAGAAACGCCCCGUCACGGACAGAGAGGACGACACUCUAACAAUCUCUUUCCAGAAAGAAAAAGUGGAUAAAAACAAAACUGGAUUCUCCUCAGGGCCAGCAACCGCUUUUAAAAUCCUAUUUUCCCAAACCAAUAUAGUCAUGCCCGACACACUGUGAGUGCUCGUGAUGAAUUGACAAAUCCCACCCCUCCUUAAAAAAAAAAAAAAAAACACAGUGAAAGGAUUGUUGCCAUGGCAUCAGUAUCCUCCUGCCUUAACACAAAGAUGGUGCAUAUGCUACCACAGGGUGUUCUGUUAUAUUUUUUAUUUUUUUUCUCCAAAAAAAUCCCCAAUUGACUACCAAAAAUGCUGCUGAGUGGCAUACACUGGUGCCACCCUUCACUCAGAGGACAGAAAGCACACAGAUAAAAGCUAUUUUUGUAGAAAUCCAAUAUUUAAUUUUUAAAAAAGUGUAUGAAAUGUUUUGUGAGUGAACUUUCGCCAGCAGCAGAGACACUUUACACACACUUCAGAUUCAAUAAGUCUAAUCCAGCAAAGGAAUUUUAAAAAAAAAUCCCUUUUUAGAUAUUUGUAUCGAUCAUCGCUCACUUCAUUAAAUUCAACACUGACUGGCCAAAAAAAAAAUAUUUCCUCUUUUAAUCACUUUAAUAAUUUAUAUAAGUGAAGUCAAUAUUAUUUUGGUUUCUGUCAUAAAAUGUAACACAAAAUUGUUUGUUUAAAUGCAAGUUCUGACCCUAAAGUUUAAGUCUAUUAACUUGGGUUGCUUGAUUACCGUACUCUUUUUGUGUAAAUAAAAUUAAACAUUUUGCUGAAAGAAGUUAUUUUUACAAAUACCCUGCUGGUUUGUCCUAUCGAAAAAAUAAAAAAAAUAAAAUAAAAAAGGAAAACCAGCUGAAAUAAGAAUUUAAUUAACAGAUGAUCUGUCACAAAAGUUAAAUAAAGGUUUAAAUUACUUAAGUAAUGUAAGUUCUAAUAGCUACUGGCUUAGGCCUACUAAACCAAAUACCUUAUUUUUAGUUCCGUUGUCCCUAGCUAUAAAGUAAGAUAUAUAUUUUUUUGUUUAUCUUUAAGAAUAUAGUAGAAAAAAAUGCUAUAUGUGUGAGUAUUGGAUUAGGACCCAGGAUACUCUCUUAAACCAUUUGCCCAAAGACUUAAAGUUGAGUUUUUACGAACUAAUAGGCUGUUGGAGAGUCGGUUUCUUGGUCGUAGCAUUGAGAAUUAGCCUAAAGCACCUUUUUAUACUAGUGCUAGAUUGAUUAUUGUAGUUGUUUUUAGAAAAUCUCAACAAAAAAGCCUAAACAAGCUUGAAGAAUAGGUUAGUUUAACAUAACUAGUCUGACUAUUGCUACAACUUUAACCAAAUGUGUUCAAAAAGAGCUAGAAGUUAUUUGUGCAACUGCUAGAUUAGGUGCAGUUAAGUCUUUCUGAAGAUAAAAGUCACAGCAAAUCUCAAAAUUCUUCUUUUUUUGUAGUUUAAUAGUAGUUUUGACUGAACUUGGUGGCUACGUUAAAGUUUCUCACACUUGUGUUUCAAAUUGGUCUACAGUGAUCCUCUCUAACCAAUUCUGUUUACUGUUGUUGCAAAAUUUAUAUAUAUUUAUUUUAUUAUUUUUUAUUUAAUUUUCCUGUGCUUCUAACCUGAGAGGUGCACUUUAGCAAAGGCAUCCUGGAAUGUGCCUCGAUUAUAAGCGAGUUCAGGAAUGGAAAAACAGUUUAGUUGAGUUUGUUUAAACAAUUAGCUGACGAAAUGUGGGGGUUUUAAUUUUUACUGAAUUCAUUUUUUAACUUAAGCAACCCCAUAUCAUCAUACUGCCACCUCAGGUUACAAGAAAACCUGAUUCUUUUGAAGUGUACUGUUUUUAGUGACUAUUAAAGCAGAUUUUCUUUUGGCCAGGCAGUGCACGAACAUCUAUAAAACAAGGAUAACCUAUCACCUCAUUAGAGUAGAUAAUUAAUGAACAUGACUCAAAGCUCUGCUGCUGACGAUAAUGUUUCACACAUCCCUCUUUCCAUUUUACGGUCUACAUCCGCCGCAGCUUGAAGUGAUAAGUCACAUUUGAAUGUUAAUUUAUGUAUUUGAAGAGAAGACAAUAAUUCAUCAAAAUUGAAAAACAAAAAAGGCGUAUUUGUAUUUUUACUUUUAUUUUGGAUUGAUAAUUUAAGUUUUUUUUCUCCUUUAUUCAAAGUUAGUUUUGUUGGAGCCGAGACGUGUGAUUUUUCUUGUUAAUGAACCAUAACGUGUCACCUGUACUUUUAGCUCUUAUAAUUUAGUUGUCUGAAGGCCAUCCAUGUGUGGUGAUGAUUGUCACUUUAUUAAGCUACUGAUUGUAAAUUUGAGCCCAGCAUUGCUCUCUGACAUUCAACCAUGGCGUGUUUCGACCAAAAGUUAUUUCUUUAGAUUUGUUUUUCUUUUCCGGCACUCUUUACCUUGGUGAUGAACUUCUGUGAUGUUUUUGUUUUUCAGUUCUCCACGGGCUCUUUGAAUGUUUCUGAAGCUGUAAUGUAUUAUUUAUUCCUCCAUCAUCAACGUGUGGACAGCUUCUUCCUCUCAGUCCACUUCUCUCAACCUUUGAAUCGAGCACGAGCGCGUGGUUCACCCUGCGGGAACUUUGGGACCAACAUGAGAGAAAACUGUGUUCGUGACUUAGCAGCUUGCAAAUUUGCUUUUUUUUCCCUCUCCAUUCAAAGCAGCAGAUGUUUGUUUGUAAUUUGAAUGAUUGUGGACAAUAAACUUUCCAGACGUGUUUGAACAGAAAA